GGCUGUGGGCCCGGCCGCCGCGCUUACGCGCUCCCUGGUGGUCGCCGCUGCGGCCGCCGCCUCCUCCGUGUCCUCCUCGGCCGCCCUGGGGACGCUGCACCCGGGGACGGCCCUGUCGAGUGUGGAGAACUUUACUGCUAGGAUUUCCAAUUGUUAAGAGCGCUCGGUGGGCGCGCGUGAGGAGGAGAAGGUAGGACUCCGGCCGCUUUCCGGGUUUGGCUUCGGUUCUCUCGCCGCGCCGGGUCGGUGUCCGUGCGCUCCUCCGGGCCUCCCGCCCUCGCGCCGAUUCGCCGCUGCGGACUCGCGGAGCAGACUGUCGGCCGGAGCUCGCGCGCCUCGGCUCGGGGUCCCCCUAUUUAUGCAAAGUCGCCCUAUGCUGCAGCCCCGCCGGGCGAGAAAGAGAGUGCUGGUGGGGCUUCGCCCUGUCUAGGCACUGGGGGCUUCCUUGACUUUUGGCAAACCGAUAAAAAGAAAAAACAGUCGAAGCCUUUUGAGGUGUAGAAAUUCUCAGGUCCAGGCGUUUUUUUAAAAAAAUAACGUUCGAAUGAAGAAUAACAAAAAAGUAAGGGUCGCAAAGAACGACUUUUACCCGAGGACACUUGUCUGGUGCGCUCUUUCAUAAAAAGGAGAAAAUGGUUAACAUGUUUACAGAAGAAACAAAAGUCGAAAUUAUCAUUUCUUAUUUUAACCUGUGUUUUGUAUCAUAAUAGACAUGCGGAAUUUUUAUUUUGUACCUAACUGCAUAUUCUUUACAAGGAGUAUUGUAAAUUUUACUGGCAAUUAUUAUUGUACUAUUCUAAUGUAAGAUUUUUACACUUUUUCAGAAAUAAAAUGCUUAAUUUUCAAA